AUGGUCGUAAUGAACUACGACGGCGACAUGCAGAAGUCGUUCGAGCUACUGGUGCGCGCGAUAGGCACAGGACGCAACAUGCUGCGCAAGGCGAAGAUGGAGGCGAAAAUGAAUGAGCUUGCAGCACUGGCAGGCUCAAGCGACGACGACGACGACGUCGACGACGAACAAGACGAAACCAGUGCCGCCAAGGUUAGCUACCGGCCUCGUAUGGCAUCCAUGAGGGCACGCGCUGCCGCAAGAAGAGGUGGCGCGCGUGGGGCUAGCGGUGCUGUGACCACGCCCGUCGCUGUCUUCGACACCACCGACAAAACUUUGGAGCACGCGCAAAACCUGUGCGAGAAAGCGGCCCAUGUCACACUGCGCGACGGCGAUUGUCGGAAGGAGCUGGAGGGCAUGCGCAAGAGCUUUGCCGACGUUCUCGAGACGGCCAAAACCGAAGUCACAAAAUAUCCUGCCGCCCAACGAUUUGACCCCCCUGAACUGCGAUCAAAUGACACCUCCGACACAUUUGCAUCUUCAAUAGAAGAACCUUCUUACAAAAAGCAUUUCCCACAAUUGUCGUUGCCCCCAUCCGAUCACCACCAGAAGACAACCUUCUCUACGCCCAAAAUCAUGGACAUCGAGGCUGACGACGACGAUGAUGAAGACGAGCCAGACUUUGUCAUGCCACCAACACGACUCACAUCGCGAUUUGCCGCUCGAGCGUAA